GCGGGAGUCAAGGGCGCAUGGUGAAAGCGGGGAGCCCUAGGCCAGUGGUAGCCGAGGGGUGGGGGUACCCCCGUUGCCUCUCACUGAGGGUGAGGCGGUGUCGCUCCUCAAUGUCAGGUGCACCAACUUGCAGCCGGGCCCUCCUGGGGGGUGGGCCUUGGGGCGGCUCGGAACCCUGGGGUGCUUAGGAUUCCGGGGAGAACUCAGAGCCUCCUCUCGUCUUGCCGUCCCCCCAUCUCCUCACCCCUGCCGAGGACUCGGCCCGCGCACCUCCCGGCCGGCUGAGAUCAGCCCCGCGCUGCGGCUGCGGGCGGGCGGCGCGUCCCGGUCUCCGCAGGACCGAGCCGCCGGCGAGGCGAGCGCACUGCCGGGGCCGAGCCCCCCGCCCCGCUCCCCGCAGCCCGCUCCCCGCACCCCCGCGGGGCCGCCAUGAGGAAGAUCCGCGCGAAUGCCAUCGCCAUCCUGACGGUCGCCUGGAUCCUGGGCACUUUCUACUACUUAUGGCAGGACAACCGAGCCCACGCAGCAUCCCCCGGCGCCCGGGGCGCCCAGCGGGCCGGCGGGAGACCGGAGUCGCCACGCGAGGACCGCACCAUCCCGCUCAUAGUGACAGGGACACCUUCGAAAGGCUUUGAUGAGAAAGCAUACCUGGCAGCCAAGCGGCUGAAGGCCGGAGAGGACCCCUACAGGCAGCAUGCCUUCAACCAGCUGGAGAGCGACAAGCUCAGCCCAGACCGGCCCAUCCGGGACACUCGCCAUUACAGCUGCCCUUCCGUGUCCUACUCCUUGGACCUGCCAGCCACCAGCGUCAUCAUCACCUUCCACAACGAGGCCCGCUCCACCCUCCUGCGCACAGUGAAGAGUGUCUUGAACCGAACUCCUUCCAGCCUCAUCCAGGAGAUCAUUUUAGUGGACGACUUCAGUUCAGAUCCUGAAGACUGUCUGCUGUUGACCAGGAUACCCAAGGUCAAGUGCCUACGCAAUGACCGGCGGGAAGGGCUGAUCCGGUCCCGAGUGCGAGGGGCUGACGUGGCGGUGGCCGCUGUGCUGACCUUUCUGGACAGCCACUGCGAAGUCAACACCGAGUGGCUACAGCCCAUGCUGCAGAGAGUGAAGGAGGACCACACCCGUGUGGUGAGCCCCAUCAUUGAUGUCAUCAGCCUGGAUAAUUUUGCCUACCUUGCUGCGUCUGCUGACCUGCGCGGAGGUUUUGACUGGAGCCUACACUUCAAAUGGGAACAGAUCCCCCUGGAGCAGAAGAUAUCCCGGACAGAUCCCACCAAGCCCAUCAGGACACCUGUCAUAGCUGGAGGAAUUUUCGUGAUUGACAAGUCCUGGUUUAACCACCUGGGAAAGUACGAUGCCCAAAUGGACAUCUGGGGGGGAGAGAAUUUUGAGCUCUCCUUCAGGGUGUGGAUGUGCGGUGGGAGCCUGGAGAUUGUGCCCUGCAGCCGGGUAGGCCACGUCUUCAGGAAACGGCACCCCUACAACUUCCCCGAGGGCAAUGCCCUCACCUACAUCAGGAAUACCAAACGCACUGCAGAGGUGUGGAUGGAUGAAUACAAGCAGUAUUACUACGAGGCCCGGCCCUCAGCCAUUGGCAAGGCUUUUGGCAGUGUGGCCACUCGGAUUGAACAGAGGAAGAAGAUGAACUGCAAGUCCUUCCGCUGGUACCUGGAAAACGUCUAUCCCGAGCUCACUGUCCCCGUGAAGGAAGUGCUCCCUGGAAUCAUUAAGCAGGGGGCUAACUGCUUAGAAUUCCAGGGCCAGGACAUGGCUGGCAACUUUCUGCUUGGAAUGGGGACUUGCAGAGGGUCUGCCAAGAACCCCCCAGCUCCCCAGGCUUGGCUCUUCAGUGACCAUCUCAUUCAGCAGCAGGGCAAGUGCCUGACUGCCACCUCGGCCUCCACCUCUGCUUCCCCUGGGGCCCCAGUGGUGCUGCAGCCCUGCAACCCAAGAGAAGGCCGCCAGAGAUGGCGGAGGAAAGCCUCCUUCCUCCAGCAUUCCGUCAGUGGCCUCUGUCUGGAGACAAGGCCUGACCAGCUGGUGACCAACAAGUGCCAGGCCGAUGCCCCAGCCCAGCAGUGGCAGCUGCUGCCGCACACAUGAUGGCAUACCUACCCCGGAAGCCCCCAGUCCUUUGGACACCCGCCCCCCGAAGCUGGAUUCUAGAAGACUUAGGAAGCUUCUGAAAUUGUCCCCCAGGUAGUGUUUGGGUAUGUGUGUGUAUAUGCAUUAUCCUGAGCAUUGGUCCUUGGGGUUCCCCAGCUUCUGACAGAGGCCCCGGAUCCCCAAAGGGCCUGAACCUCUGCUCUGGACUGAAGCUGCCAUGCCCACCUCCCUCCCUGGUGUGCCCAGCCUGCCAUCCUCCUGCUCCUCUGUGUGGGCCUUGGGGUCAGGAGCCGAAUCUGUUGCCAGAGAGUUCUUCAGUGGUUUCCUCUCCCACCUGCUCUCACCAGCAUCCUCUCGGCUCCUGGGCCCCAGUGCACCCCCAGGCCCCCCACUUCUACAGUGCUCCAUGUGCCUGUCUGCCCAGCAGGCUGUGUGGACCUUUGGGCGUGUGCUUCUCUUGUUGAAUGUAAGGGGACGGCUGCUGGGGGAGCCCUACGGUCAGACAUGGUCAGACUUGGCCGUCCUUUGUGGGACUCAGCCCUUUUGUGUUUUUGCUUUUCCUCUUCUCAACCAAAGCAUGUGCCACUAGCUGUCCCUCAGGACCUCAUGUUUUUUGACAAUACACCUGGAAUAAAACCACUUCUCACAUA